AUGAAGCCAGCGACCGCUGAAUCGUUGGCUAUACGUGGCUGCAGGGUACCGGACCCAUUUAAUCGGCUAGGAUGUACGAUUGACUCGAUUGUUACGCUUGUGGAAUUUUGUCAGAAAAUUGGCCCACGUCCUCUUGCCUCAUACCCUCAAGAUCAGUUCCGUGAAGCUCAUCUCGACAUGGAUGCCAUUGCACUAUGGUUGAUGUCCAGCGAAACAGCAGCCGGUACCGUACUUUGCAUCUACAACCAACAGAUGGGAAUUUAUGCCCUGUCGUACUACACGAUUAUCUAUGACGUGCGAGCUCGCGCUUUUCAACGUCCAAUUUGUUUGGCCCACCUAUCGACUGAACGGCCAACCGGCGAAUUGUUGUCGGUGUUUAUCAAGAAAGCCCGCACAUUUUUGACCCCACUAAUCCUCUGUAAUCGCCGCCUAUUCCUCCAUCAACUCUCGACAAUGAUCCAAUUAGCCAGUGCAAUUGAUUAUAAUACUGUCCAGAAUUACUACUCAUUCCAAAUUGACGAGAAGAUUGCCGUUGCUGAAUCCGUUUGGCAGAAGAUUAUGAAUGUUGCGGAGCAGGCGCGUCGUCUUCGCCCAAAGAUGCAAAGUAUGUACGCAGCAUUGGCCACCCGCCUCAACGCUGAUUGUCGAUGUGCUGGACAUUCUCCAAAGAAUGGUGAGGGCGAAGGAGAAGUGGAGCGGGUCUUGGAGCAGUUCGUCCAAGCCGCUCCCUUACAGCCGAUCAAAGAUUUGGCACCCUGUGCCUUUGAUGAGCUGGUGGAGAGUCUUGAAAUGCUUCAUGUGCAACUUGAUAUCAGGAAACCCGACAAUGGAGUACUUUACAGCUCUGGCAUCCCGGUGUUGCAAUUUCCCUGUUAUGAAACCCCAAUAAGAGAACGGACUGUGGAGACGUCGCUACGGAAGGUAGUAAAUGAAGAAGAAACGCUCCGAACAAUUACUGGGUCACUUGAUCAGGUUUUGAGUCCAGUUCUUUCCGGUGACCAUUUGAUGGUAUGUGGUAGUGAGCAACGCCGAUCUGUGGUGAUGGAGCUUGUGCAUAAACUGAAUGCUAUAAUAGCUCGACCCCAUCCCCGUGAUGUCGUCCUUUGGAAUCAAGAUGAUAAGAAAGAAAUGGAAGGUGUCUACGGUCAAUUGGUCCCUCGUGGUACUGUAAUCGACCACAAAGGUCGUGCUGUAUUUGACCUAAAUCUUAAUGUCCUGAGAAAUUCUCCAUACUGCGGCCGGCUGCUAACAAGUUUUCGUAUGAAACGAAAAUUCGCUACGGAUAAAGCUCUCCUAUCAUUCAUUACCGCCCAUGUAACCUGGAUUUGCCUAUACGUCUACAUGGGUCGUUUUGUAUCUGUGAACCAAAUGGGAAAAAUGAACUUUCUUUCCAACGAUGAUUUGAGAAUCAUAGCACAUUUGCUGUGCGAAAUCGACUUCAUAAAGUUUACCCACGUGAAGUCGGUGCUAGAUCGGAAUCGACAUAAACAUGCGACUCCUCGCCAAAUUGCUUUG